AUGCUGGCCACCCAGUUGCUGCUGCUGGCCUGUCUGGCCUGGGGGUUGGGGGCCAGGACAGCCCAGCUCCAGAAGGCCAAUGACCAGAGUGGCCGAUGCCAGUAUACCUUUACUGUGGUCAGUCCCAAUGAGUCCAGCUGUCCUGACCAGGGCCUGGCCAUGUCAGCCAUCCAGGACCUGCAGAGGGACAGCAGAGCCCAGCAUGCAGACCUGGAGACCACCCGGGCCCGUCUUAGCUCCCUGGAGGGCCUCCUGCACCAGCUGACUUUGAACCAGGCUGCCAAGGCCUUGACAACCCAGGAGGGUCUGCCAGGGGAGCUGGGACCUCUGGGCAGAGAAAGAGAUCAGCUGGAAUCCCAGACCAGAGAGCUGGAGACAGCCUACAGCCUGCUCCUCCGAGACAAGUCAGCUCUGGAGGAAGAGACCAGGCGGCUGGGGGCUGAGAACAAGGUCCUGGCCAGCAGGCUGGAAAGCAGCAGCCAGGAGGUGGAAAUGCUGAGAAGGCGCCAGUGUCCUCAGGCUGGGAGCACCUCGCAGGACAUGCCAGCAGGCUCCAGGGAAGUUUCUAAAUGGAAUUUGGAGAAAUUGGACUUUCAGGAACUGAAAUCAGAGUUAACUGAGGUUCCUGCUUCUGGAAUCUUGAAGGAGAGUCGGCCUGGCCAGCUGGGGAAUGAAGAGGAAGCUGCUGGAUGUGGAGAACUCGUGUGGGUUGGAGAGCCUGUCACUCUAAGAACAGCUGAAACCAUCUCGGGCAAGUAUGGGGUAUGGAUGCGAGACCCCAAGCCUGCCUCACCCUACACCCAGGAGACAACAUGGAGAAUUGACACCGUGGGCCCUGACAUCCGCCAGGUUCUCGAGUACAGCCUCACCAGCCAGUUCUUGCAGGGCUAUCCUUCCAAGGUCCAUGUGCUGCCCCGGCCACUCGAAAGCACUGGGGCUGUGGUCUACCAGGGAAGCCUUUACUUUCAGGGGGCAGGGUCCAGAACUGUGAUCAGGUAUGAGUUGAUCUCCGAGUCGGUGAAGGCUGAGAAAGAAAUCCCAGGAGCUGGGUACCACGGACAGUUCCCCUACUCAUGGGGUGGUUACACGGAUAUUGACCUGGCAGUGGAUGAGACAGGCCUCUGGGUCAUCUAUAGCACUAAGGAAGCCAAAGGCGCCAUUGUCCUUUCCAAACUGAACCCAGAGAAUCUGGAACUUGAACAGACCUGGGAGACAAACAUCCGUAAGCUGUCAGUUGCCAAUGCCUUCAUCAUCUGUGGCACCUUAUACACAGUCAGCAGCUACUCAUCACCUGAUGCUACCAUCAAUUUCGCAUAUGACACGGGCAAGAAGAGCAGCAAGGCCCUGAAUGUCCAGUUCAAGAACCGCUACAAGUACAGCAGCAUGGUUGACUACAACCCUCUGGAGAAGAAGCUCUUUGCCUGGGACAACUUUAACAUGGUGACCUAUGACAUUAGGCUCUCACAGAUCUGAAACGUCGCCAAGUCUUGUCAGGACAGGCAGAAAAAGAGGGUGUGCAGAGUUCUGGAGCAGCCAGACAGCCAAACUCAUGCAGCUUUUCUCUGCUCUCCAACGUUUAAUCUAUCCAGUAGAAUGUGCACUGGCCCCCAGGAUAGUAGUAGCAAUCUGGGAAUUUAGACGACUUCACAUUAUAAUACCCUUUUCUCUUGUUCGCUCUUAAAGGGAUAUUUAACCAAAAAGGUUUUUUUCUGGGCAAAAAGCUUAAAUGUGUAGCAGUUUCUAUAUGAAAACCACAAGGCUUUUUAUAUAUGGCCUUCACAGGCUGAAGAGAGUAUGCUUGGAGGAAGACAGCUUGGGGAAAACAAAUUUCCCCAGGUGCCUCUAGGGCCCCUCUGUAUUGCAUGGUUUCUGUUAAGUCAGACAAAAAGCCAAAUUUCUGCAGGGCAUGCAGCCCUACGGCCAGCACUGGACAGAUAUAAGAUGCACUUGCUUUAGGUGGCGUCUAAUGCUUUACCCUGUGAAAUAAAAUGA